CGAUCGAUCGAAUCGUAUCAUGGAGUAGUUUAAUAGGUUUCACGAUAUUCAGUGCAGUGUAGUAAAGACCAUUAUAUAAAAAAGUUAUUGUUGCCUUAAUGUGUUAUUUAUUACCUACGUUCGAAUAUAUUUUAAAUCGAUUUAUGUCAACUCGUUAAUUUUCUGGUAAAACGGCGAAAUGAGUGAAAACGCAGAAAUUACAGGAGUAAUAUCGCCCGAAGAUGCGGCAAAAGCGGAAAAAUUUAAAGAAGAAGCGAACGAAUAUUUCAAAAAUCAAGAUUAUACCAAAGCUAUAGAAUUAUACACUAAAGCUAUAGAGUGUAAUCCUACGGUGGCAGUAUAUUACGGCAAUAGAAGUUUUGCGUAUUUAAAAACAGAAUGUUUUGGAUAUGCACUUACAGAUGCCUCUAAAGCUAUCGAUUUAGAUAAAAAUUAUGUUAAAGGGUAUUAUCGUAGAGCUGCAGCACACAUGUCACUUGGCAAAUUCAAGCUAGCUCUUAAGGAUUAUAAAACCGUUACUAAGGCAAGACCAAACGAUAAAGAUGCAAUGGUUAAAUAUACAGAAUGUUGUAAAAUAUUAAAAAUGUUAGCUUUCGAGAAAGCAAUUUCUGUGGAAGAAAACAAAAAGAAUAUAGCUGAUAUGAUUAAUUUAGAAGAAAUGGCAAUUGAAGAUGAAUAUGUAGGACCUAAACUUGAAGAUGGAAAAGUUACUUUACAAUUUAUGCAAGACUUAUUAAAUUGGUACAAAAAACAAAAUAAAUUACAUCGUAAAUAUGCUUAUAAAAUUCUUUUAGAUGUAAAAGCAUGGUUUAUGGCACAACCAAGCUUAAUUGAUAUUACAAUUCCUGAUGACAGUAAAUUUACUAUUUGUGGAGACAUACAUGGGCAGUUCUAUGAUUUACUUAAUAUUUUUGAAUUAAAUGGAUUACCUUCAGAAACUAAUCCUUAUUUAUUCAAUGGGGAUUUUGUAGAUAGAGGUUCAUUUUCUGUAGAAUGUAUAUUCACCUUGUUUGGAUUUAAAUUGUUGUAUCCAAAUCAUUUUUUUAUGUCUAGAGGUAAUCAUGAAUCUGCCACAAUGAAUCAGAUGUAUGGAUUUGAUGGCGAAGUAAAAACAAAAUAUUCUGCUCAAAUGGCAGAAUUAUUUACAGAAGUUUACAAUUGGCUUCCACUUGCCCAUUGUCUUAACAACAGAGUACUCGUAAUGCAUGGAGGUCUAUUUUCAAGAGAUGAUGUCACAUUAAAAGAAAUUCGAGAAAUUGAUAGAAAUAGGCAACCACCAGAAGAAGGAUUAAUGUGUGAACUAUUGUGGUCGGAUCCGCAGCCUCAACCAGGAAGAGCACCCAGUAAAAGAGGAGUUGGUGUUCAAUUUGGACCUGAUGUUACACAAAAUUUCCUUGCUAUGAACAAUCUUGAUUAUAUUGUAAGAAGCCACGAAGUGAAAAAUGAGGGAUAUGAAAUCGGACAUGAUGGGAAAUGCAUUACUGUGUUCUCUGCUCCAAAUUAUUGUGAUACUAUGGGUAACCGGGGUGCCUUCAUCACACUUAAUGGUAAAGACAUGGAACCCCAUUUCACAUCGUAUGAAGGAGUGCCUCAUCCAAAUCUAAGGCCAAUGGCAUAUGCUAAUUCUUUACUAAAAUUCAUGUGCUAGUGGAAUACCUUAGGUACUGUUGAUAAGUAAAUAAAUAACAAUAAUUGAUUACGAGUAGCCCAAUCAAAGUGUGCGUAAUAUAUUUGAUACUGAAACGGAGGAGGUGAGAAACCAUUAGACUUCUCCGAAACAAUAAAUACUGUAUUCUUUUUAGAAACAAGAAAACCCUGUAUCAUAAUAAAUCAAACGAAGGUAUAAUAUUCAUGGGUACAAAAAUGAAAAAAGUUUGCUUGUUUCGACAACUGGUGAACAAUUUUCUUUGAUAAGAACAAUGCCUCAUUAGCAAUUUGUGUUUCAUUAUAAUGAAAUGCUAUGAAGAGCAUAUUUUUAUUUUGUACCCUCGAUUAAACCACCUUGUUCAUUAAAGAUUCGGAAUUUCGAAUGAUCUCAAACUGAUUAACUUAUAUUAUAUUUGUGUAAAAAUGUUACAAAUAUUGGUGUACGCAAUGAAUAUUCUUUCAUUUGAUUCUUUAAUGAAUAAUGGUGGUUCAUUUAAUACAAUAAUUACAAUGAAAAAUAUCUAAUACAUAUGCGAUUUAGCCUCACUAUGUAGUACAAUUUUCCAGCCAGUCACUGUCUGUCACAUUAUUUGUGAUGACUACUUUUAUACAAAUUUAAUGUGAUUGGAAGGAUUUCUUUCAUCUAACGUUUUGUUUCUUUUCUCUCUCUCUUUUUUUUGGUAAUAAAUUAUGUUUAUAAUGUAUUUAAGAUGUAUAUUGUUUUUUUGAAAUAAUGAAAAAUUAUGUCGUAUUAAAUGAGAUAGAACAUUUUUUCUAAUAAAUUAAACCGAUUUUUACGACUUACAUUUAUAAUUACAUCUUAUGUAUUUUAACAAAUCGUCGAAAUUAUAAAAGAUUACCUGACAGCUUUAAAAAAUAA